AUGAAGACCGCGCAGAGGCUGCGGCCGUCGCCGUCGUCGUCGCGCUCGUCCGCGUCCGCGGCGUCGACGACGCCGACGCCGACGCCGACGGCGACGCCGACGAGCGUCUCGGCGUUUUCCAAGAGCGGAAGUCAACAUCGAUGGCGAGACGACCUCCUCGCGUCGUUAGACGCGUACGCGCUCCCCGCGAUCGCGCCGAAGCCCGAGACGCUGGAUUCGACCCUUCUCUCCGGGCUCGAGCGGCGCGCGUCGACGAAACCGCCCGCGACGACCGCGACGGCGUGGAAGAACGACGGCGACGCGCGCGCCGGUCGCGUGCGCGUCCCGCCGCCGCCGCCGCCGCCGCCGCCGCGCGUCCCCGGGUGGAAACGCUUCGACCGCGCGUCGUCGUCGUCGUCUUCCCCUGGCCGCGCGCGCGACCGCGACCACCUGCGCGACCCGUCGACGCCGCCGCGCGGCGUGAAGACCGGCGAGGACGCCGCGAUGUGGUUUCUGUCCGGCGCGGGCGGGAAGCCGGACGCGACGCCUGAGGAUAGAGACCGCGUCGUGUACUGUCUGCACCGCCGCCGCGCGAAUGCGAGCGGCGACUCGACGCGCGACGCGCGCGGGUUCGAUCCGUACGACCUCGUCGCGGUGCCGUACUCGGAGAUCGACGCGUCGAACGCGAAGGGCGCGGACGUGCUCGAGCUCGACGGUUCGUAUUCGGAGACGAACGGUCACUUUGCAAUCUCGAAGAACGGCGUCGCGCGGUAUCUCCCGAACGAACGCGCGUGUUCGGUCACGAUCAAGGAGUGGCUCAGGCACAGGAAGAUCUUCAGCACGCUUCGGAACACGUUCCCGUUCUUCAGAGAGUUUCGCGCGAGGAAGGCGCUGGCGACGUGGGCGGCGAACGUGCGCGCGAGGAAGUUCGCGGCGCGACGGAGACAACUCUCGGAGAAACUGAUCGCGUUACACCCGGAGUACUCUGACUCGAUUCGACGCAUCAACGGGCUCGCGCGCGCGAUGGAGUUCGGCCACGGCGGAUGGAUACGUCGCGACGAAGACGACGACGACGAGAGGGAGGGCGCGCGCGACGCGACGGCGACGCGAUGGGUGAGGCGGACGCCUCCGAGAUCGACCGCGCGUCGACUGAAACUGACGCCGCCGCGGCUGGACUUUGAAGACGACGACGACGCCGACGACGCAGCGCGCGUCGGCGCCGCGGUCGCGUCCUGGCGCGGCACCGACGCGGCCGUCGCCGCGUCGAGGCGCGGCGUCGACAUCGUCGCGCUCGUCACGGACGCGGGGAGGCACGGUCUCGGCGCGCGGUUCGCGGCGUUGCGCGGCGCGAACGCGCGCGUCGCCGGCGACGCGAACGCUUUCGCGUCCGACGCGCGCGAGGCGCGCGCGAAAGCCCUGGACGCGUCGCUCGCGCUGGCAGCGUGCGCGUCGAUGGAGACGACGCGGACGGUACACGAAGUGACCGCCGCAGCGCGCGCGUUACGCAAUUCUUCGAACGGCGCGGACGCGGAUCGCGGCGACGCCGGCGGAGGCUGGCGCGAGAAGAGCGUGCACGCCAGAAGAGCCAAGUCGCGACGCGUCGCGCGCGAAGCCGCGGCGACGACGCGGCGGCACCGAUCGUUGGGCGCGUUCGUGCGACUCUCCGACGCGAUCGUGCGCGGCGCGAUGUUUACCAUCGCGCGCGACGCGUGCGCGUGCUACCUGAAGGCGCUUCGCGCCGCCGGGACGGACGGACGACCCGGGCUGUUCCUCGUGGAGGCGUCGAUCCCCGACGGGUCGACGCGACGCGUCGUCUUCGAGCCUCCGCUUCCCGAGCUCGUUCGCGUCGCGCGCGCGGUCCCGGAGACGAUGUGCGCGUCGAUCGCGUCGAUCGCGGUCCCGUCCGCGUGCGCGCCGAGCCUGAGCGCGUGGGCGCGCGCGUGCGAAGACGCGUCCGAGGGGGUAGAGCGCGCGCUGUCGAGCAUCACGGGCCGCGGCGGCGGCGGCGGCGGCGACGCGACGACGGCUUCGGCUUCGGCUUCGGCUUCGGCUUCGAUCGUCGCCAUCUCGACCGUCGCGGAGACGACCGCGGCGGAAGCGAGCGCGAUCGUCUCUCGCGCGCACGCGGCGGCGAUGUCUUCCGACGCCGCGCGAGCGCACGGAGACGCGAACGACGACGCGCGCGCGUUCGCGGCGCGAUGGUUCGCGUCGAAUGACGUUUCGUCUUCCAACGCGGAGGCGGAGGCGCGACCGUUCGCUUCACCUCCGACGUCGUCCGCGCGCGACGUCGCGGACGACGCGCUCGCGGCGAUUCGAUGGCGCGACGACGUGCUCCGCGCGUCCGCGCGCGAGGUCCACGGCGUCGUCGCGCUCGACACGUCGGAGGUGAAGUUAACGGUCGCGCCGAGCGCCGAGACCGCCGCCGCCGGGAUCGCCGCCUUUUCCGCCGCGGCGCGCGCGCGCGUCGCGACCGACCUCGUCGCCGUGCUCGCCUCGGACGUCGUCGCGCUGCGCGCGCGCCCGCACGAGAUGGAGCCGUUCGCGUGCUUCGUGAAGGCCGCGACGCCGCACUUCGAAGGGAACGAGGUGUCGACGACGACGCGCGCGAUGUACGACGAGGUCGUCCACUUCGACGCCGUCGCGAGACUCGACGCGUGCGCGAACCCCGGGCGGACGCCGACGCCGACGCCGACGCCGACGCCGACGCAGACCGAAUUACGGUCGCUCAUCGCCGCGCACGCGCGCGAGGCGGCCGCGGCGAAGACGUACGUCGACGCGCACGCGCCGACGCUCGCGAUCGACGUCGACAAGCGCGCGGCGAUCGCGCGCAGAGAGGUGUUGUCCGCGCUCGCGAGCUGCCGCGCGGCGCCGGUGACGAGCGCGGACGCGUCGCCGUCGGACGCGCUCGACGUCCUCGCGCACGCGCUCGCCGCCGCGGAGAAGACGUCCGCGGUCGCGACCGACCUCGUGACGCGGCGGCGCGACCUGCGCUGCGUCGACGGCGACGGCGUCGCGGUGACGGCGCUGUUGCGCGCGCUGGACGACGCGCUGUCGCUCGUCGCGUCUCGGGUCGAGCUGUGGACGACGCUGCGGCGGUGGCGCGACUUUCUCGCCGCGUCGGCGUCGGGGUCGGAGGAGGACGCGUGGGCGGCGGCACUGGUCCCCAUACGACCGCGUUGGCGUUGUGAACGCCGAUCCUUAAGGACUCACGCCGCGACGACGCCCGCGGGGUCGACGCGCGCGGUUCGGUCCGCGUCCGCGACCGCGACCGCGACCGCGACCGCGACUGCGACCUCCGCCGAGGUGGUCGACGCGGAGUGCGCGCUCGCGGAGUCCGCGGUGAGGGACCUCGCGAGCCGUCCGUCCACGCGCGACUUCGAGGACGCGCGCGGUCUGCUGCGGGCGGAGGCGACGUUCGCCGACGCGCUGACCGCGAGGUUCGCCGCGGAAAAAGCCGCGGCCACGAGACGCCGAGACGCCGCGGCGGCUGCCGCGAAAGCCGCGGCCGCGAAAGCCGCGGCGGCCGAGGAAGAGGCGAACCGCGCGCGACGCGAGAGGGACGUCCUCAAAGCCUCGCGCGUGCGCAUCCCGAAGGAACGACGCGGCGGAGACGACGACGACGACGACGAGGAGGAGGGCUUGGACGGGAACGCCGGCGCGGACGUCGACGACGACGACCUCGACGACGCCGCGAUCGCGACGCGGCUCCUCUCCAUCGCGAUCGACGCGAAGCUGUUCGACGACGACGACGCGCGCGUCGCGUCGCUCGUCGCCGUCGUGCGCGACGCGCACUUCGCGGCGGUGAAACGUCUCGGCGACGACGGUUUAGGACCCGUGAAACCGGGACGGGCGACGGAGACGAUGCGCGCGUUCGCGCGUCUGCGCGCGCGGCGGCGGUGCGCCGUCGCCGGCGCCGUGGACACGUACGCGCGCGCGCUCGCCGCGCUCGCGGACGCGGAGAGGAAGCUCGAGAUCGCGAGCGCGAGCCUCGAGAGCCUCGAGCCGCGCCUGGACGUCGGCCUGGACGCGCGGACGAGCGGUCUGAUGCGCGUCGCGGCGACGGCGCGCGACGUCGACGCGAUGCACGCCGAGGCGCUCGAGACGGAGGAGAAAAUUUUCAUUCGCCGGCGCCACCUGCUCGACCGCCGCGCCGCGUGCGACGACGACGCGGCCGCCGCUCUGAGCGCGUACGACGACGCGAUGCGCGCGUCCGCGCCGUUCGCGAAGGUGGACCUGGAGGAACUGCGGAGGUACGUCACGCCUCCGGGUUUGAUUCGCGCGGUGCUGGAGGCGGCGUCGUUGCUUCUCGGUCGCGGCGGCGGCGGCGGCGGCGGCGGCGGCGGCGGCGAGGCCGGGGCUUGGGACGCGUCCCCCCCGGACUGGCGCGCCGCGCGCGCGGUCCUCGCGGACGCGUCGAAGCACCCCAAGUCGCUCACGAGACGCCUGAGAGCGUUCGCGAAGGAGACCAUCCCGCGAGCGACCGCGGACGCGCUUCGCGCGACUUUACUUCCCGGCGCAUCUCUCCUCCCACAUCUCGUUUUCAAUCCCGACACACCUCGACGCCUUUCAACUCCACCCCUGACGCCUUUCAACUCCACCCCGACGUCGCUUCGCGCGGACCCUCCGUCGACCCCGCAGACGUCCAAGGCGGCUCGGCCGCUGUGCGAGUGGCUGCUCGCGAUCGACGCGUAUCUCCUCGUCCGCUUCGACGUCGCGGACAGGCGCGCGGCGGACGCGAGAGAGGAGCUCGCGAUCGACGAGCUCGCGCUCGAGCUGAGGCACCUGCGCGCGGAGCUCGACGCCGCGAAGGAGGCGUUGGCGAAAAUGCGCGACGCGCACGGCGAGUCGCGACGCGAGACGACCGCGUUGGAAUCGUCUCGCGCGUUGGAAUCGCGCGAGGUGAAGCGAUUGACCGCGUUCGUCUCGCCGUGCUCUCGUCGCCGCGCUUUAUGGGAGUCCGCGCUGAGCGACGCGAACGCCGCGGCGAUCACGACGGACGGCGACGCGCUCCUCGCGGCGCUGACGAUCGCGUACCUGGGCCCGGCGUCAUCGUCGGCGCGCGCCGCGACGCGCGACGCGUUCGCGUCGAUCCUCCGCGACGCGAACGCGGGGGGGUUCGCGACGGACCCGGCGUUCGCGUUAGAGCGAUUCGCGUGCGGCGGCGAGGGCGCGGCGUGGCACGGCGAUGGCGACGUCGUUCGGACGUUCGCCGGCGCGGGCGCGGAACGCGCGGUGACGGCGCACGACGCGGAGAGCGUGAUCAUCGCGCGCGCGUCGUCUCGGCCGACGAUCGUUCUCGACCCCGACGGCGCGUGCGUCGACUUUCUCGCGUCCGAGUCGGACUGGACCGCGCUCGACGCGAGCGACUCCGGGUCGAUACGGCGCGCGACGCUGACGUUGCGAUCGGGAGGGAACGUUCUGUUGUCCGUGGGCGCGGACGCGGACCAGAGCGUCGUCGCCGCGCUCGCGUCGAGCCGCCGCGGCAGAUUGAUGAACGCGGUGGACGCGCCGUCCGCGCGGAACGGCGACGACUUGUUCAGAGGCUCGCUCGCGCUGCGGCUUCGCGGGGCGCGCGGACGCGUCGUCUCGGACGUCUUGGCGCCUCUGUGUAACGUCGUGCGGUGCGCGCCCACCGUGGACGGCGUCCGGCGGCGGUUCCUUCGCGAGUGUCGCGCCGACGCCGAACGCGCCGACGCCGACGCCGACGCCGACGCCGACGCCGACGGCGGCGCGGCUUCUUUCGACGCCUCCGACGCCGCCGCCGCGGCCGCGCUCGAGCGCGACGUCGCGUCGCUCGCGGCCGAGUGGGACGGCACCGCGGACGCCGCGGCGUGGUUGGACGCGUGCGCGAAGGGCGCGGACGCGGCGCACGAGCGCGUCGCGGCGUCGCGGAAAGCCGCGGCGGCGGCGGAUGCAAAAAUGGACGCGCGCUUUCGCGGCGUCGCGACCCUCGCGGCGACGUUACACGUGACGUGUCACGAGCUCGCGGAGAGAGAGGACGAGAGGUACGCGGUAUCGUUCGAGCAGCACGCGGCCAUCUUCCGCCGCGCGCUUCGCGCCAAGACGCGGAAGAGGAAAGAGUCGGGAGACGCGGGGGACGACGCGGCGGCGACGCGGGAGCUCGAGUUCAGAACGCUCCGCGCGCAGGCGUACCUCCUCGGGCAGCGGCUCCCGAGCGCGAUGCGCGCGAGGCUGAACGCCGCGCUGGUGGCGGCGCUCGCGGACACCCCGCACGCGACGAAGCUCGUGUUUUGA